UACUCUUCAAAGACUUCCUUCCGGGCACUGCGAAGCCCGCGUGGUUAGCAUUCGGAGAGGCUGCGGCGCUCGCCUUCAUCUAGGACAACAAAACUGCCAUUUCUGAAAAGAAAGGAAACAGCUUCUGGGGUUCCCAGGCGCGCGCCUGCGAGGGAGGCCGGGAGCUGCGUCGCCACGCCCAGAACCCCGAGCCCGCCCCCGCGCCACCCCGCCCGGCCUUGCCGCUCCGGCUGCGCACGCGACGCCCCCUCCAGGCCCAGCUCUUGCGCCCUGUUUGGUCAUUCGGGGGGCAAGCGGCGGGCGGGGAGACGUGCGCCGCCUGAGGGGACGCGGAGCCGGCACCGGCUACGCAGAGGAGCCGCUCUCGCUGCUGCCUCCGCGGCUGGGAACUCACGAGGCCGCCGCAUCCUGCCCUUGGAACAAUGGGACUCGGCGCGCGAGGUGCCUGGGCCGCGCUGCUCCUGGGGACUCUGCAGGUGCUGGCGUUGCUGGGGGCGGCCCGGGAGUACAACGCAAGCUCGGCGGAGACUCUCCAACUUGUGCCUUCUGACCAUGCAAAUGAAACUUCCAACAGCACUAUGAAACUACCAACUACAGCUGCCUCAGUCUCCAGCAAUAAGACAGUCACCACCAUGAAACCCACAGCAGCAGCUAAUACGACAACACCAAGGAUGGUCUCAACAAAUACAACUGCCACCUUCAAGUCUACACCCAAAACAACAAGUGUUUCACAGAACACAUCUCAGAUAGCAACAUCCACGAUGCCCAUAGCUCACAAUAGUUCAGUGACAUCUGUUUCUUCAUCAGUAACAAUUACAGCAACUAUGCAUUCUGAAGCAAAGAAAGGAUCCAGAUUUGAUACUGGGAGCUUUGUUGGUGGUAUUGUAUUAACGCUGGGAGUUUUAUCUGUUCUUUACAUCGGAUGCAAAAUGUACUACUCAAGAAGAGGCAUUCGGUAUAGAACCAUAGAUGAACAUGACGCCAUCAUUUAAGGAAAUCACGGACCAAGGAAGGAAGACAGAUGGAUGUAGCCCUAUCAAUUAAUUUUGGUUUAUUAAUAGUUUAAAACAAUAUUCUCUUCUUGAAAAUAGCAUACAGGCCAUGCAUAAAAUGUACAGUGUAUUACAUAAAUAUGUAAAGAUUCUUCAAGGUAACAAGGGUUUGGGUUUUGUAAUAAACAUCUAGCGCUUAUAGAAUACAAUGGUUUAUAUUCACUUUUUAGCAAUUUCAUAGUAAGACAAGUCCUAUCUUUUUUUUUUUUUUUUUGUGGCAUUGGUUACGUAUGACCAGUAAUUGAAAGAUGUCAUCACUGAAAGACAGAAUGCCAUCUGGGCAUACAAAUCAGGAAUUUGUCACAGCACUCAGGAUUUUGAGUAUCUUUGUAGCUCACACAAAGAACUUCAGUGCUUUUCGGAGCUGGAUAUAUCCUAAUUACUAAUGCUACACAACAGAAAUUAUACAAUCAAGUGAAUCAGAUCUGAAGCACAAUUUAAGAAAAACAUCAACAUUUUUUGUGCUUUAAACUGUAGUAGUUGGUCUGGAAACAAAAUAUACCAAGAAAAAGAAAAUUUUCAAAUAAAACCCAAAAUAAUACCUCUGCUUAGCCCUGUUAGAGAUCCAUUGAAGUAUUGAAGAGCAUAUAUGUUUAUUAAUAACUUCUUUUGAGCUUUUAAUGUUGAUGUAAUUUUUGUUCUCUGUGUAAUUUAGGUAAACCACAGUGUUUAAACAUGAUAAUGUUUUAAAGACUUAGUUACUAUUAAAUAAUCCUGGCAUUAUAGGGAAAAACUCCUAGAAGUUAGAUUAUUUGCUACUGUGAGAAUAUUGUCACCACUGGAAGUUACUUUAGUUCAUUUAAUUUUUAUAUUUCAUGAAUAUUUUAAGAACUGUAGAGCUGCUUUCUGGAAGUUUUUAAUGGAGUGUAAACACACCUAACUUUAAGAAAAAGAACCCCUUGUAUGAUUUUCAAAAUAACAUUUAGAAUUUGAUAGUAGUCAUAACUAUAGAGUAAUACUGUGUUUAUUAAGCCAAGGAUUGUGGGACUUCCCUAGACUACUAAACUUGCAGGACGAAAAUGCUGUUUUUUUUUCAUGCACUGUCAGUUUUACUCAGAGAUUUGGGGAAAUGACAUUUUUAUACUGAAACACCAACAUUUUCGAAUAAAUUCUUAGGAAGUUUUGAGAGGAAUUUUUAGACAGGACGUUUUCUGCUUCCUGAUUGGGAUAUUUCUUCAGAUCCCUCCUCUUAGUCCAUGCUGAAGGAGAGGUACUUUUAGAUGCAUUAUGUUAAUGAGAGAAAAAGCACAGUACUGCAGAGACACCAGUAUUACCCAAUGUAUUCUGGAGUGUUUUCAGUUUUAUAAUAAAGUUUAUAUUCUAGCACAUAAAACUCAGGGUCAAGUUUUAGCAAGAGAGGUAUGUAGUCACAGUAAAUACUAAGAUUGCAUUUCUAUCUUAGAGGGCCAAAGUAAAUCACACCAGUUUCUGAAGGUCCCAAAAACAGCUCAGAUGUCCUAAUGAACAUGUGCCUACAUUUAAUAGGAAUGAAAUAAAACUGUUGUGGUCAGCUUUUGGUUUGCAGAGAAUGCUAGAUAAGAAUUUUGAAAUGGAUUGUUUCUACUUGCUGUGCAUUAUAACCAAUAAUCUGAAUACAGAAAAAAAUUAUCCAAAAUAUGGAUAUAAUUAGAUGUAUGUAACGUGUAGACUAUGGAAGAAAUUUUUUUAAAAAUCCAUUUAGAUUAGUUUGAAAAGAAAUGUAGGCUGAUGGCUGAGUUGUAUAUGUUGCUAACUUGGCCCUGACUGGUUAUGCAACCAUUGCUUCAUUUCUUUGCAAAAUGUAGUUAAGAUAUACUUUAUACUAAUGAAGGCCUUUAAAAUUUGUCCACUGCAUUCCUGGUAUUUCACUACUUCAAGUCAGUCAGAACUUUGUGGACCGACCUGAAGUUUCUUCUUGAAUACUUGUUUCUUUAGCACUUUGAAGAUAGAAAAACCACUUCUUAAGUACUAAGUCAUUUUUUGGUUUCAAAUAGUUCAGUUAUGUCUUUUCUCUGUACAUAAGUAGAUAAUUUGUUACUUUCAAAUACCAGUACUAGGCAGGUUUUUUUGUUGUUGUUAUCUAUAAAAAUUGAAGGAAGUGGUUAUGCAAAACAAUAUUUUGCUUUGGACCAUAUUUCCUAAGCAUAAACUUACCCUCCUAAUUAUAUUUACUUAAGAAAAUGCUCAAUUUUGCUUGCAUUCCUUGAGAAUGUAUUUAUUUGAAGAUCAAAACAAUCCAGAUGUAUGUCUGUCUACUUGGCAGAAGCCAGUCUAUAAUCUUAAAAUUUCCUUGAAUAAUCCAUUAAAGGAAUAAUUCAAAUACAGAUAAACAAGAGUUGGCAGUAUAUUAUAGUGAUAAUUUUGUAUUUUCAGGAAAAAAACUCUUCUUUUUAUUAUAAUGAUCAGCUUUUGGUAUUUCGUUGUUACCAAGAUCUAUUUUUAGAAUAAAAUUGUUCUCCAUCUAAAA